AUGAGGAUCAUCAACGGGCUCUGGACCUUGGCCCUCAUGUCUGCGGUUGCGUCUGCCGUCACCGUUGGCGAUGUGAUGCGCAGCUCACUCCGCGCCUACGCCAAGCGCAGCACGGUCUCCGAGAUCCUAACUGAUAUUGAGGACCUGGCUGAGUGUUCGGCAUGCGAGGCAUUGCUGGUGGUGCUGAAGGCCCUUGCCCAUCUAGGGAACUCUGACUUCGUCUCCGUGAUAACAACCGUUUGUGAAGACUUGGGCGUUGAAGACUCUGAUGUUUGCGCCGGAGCUAUCGGUCUCGAGGGUCCCAUCUUGGCUCAUGACCUGCGCCAGAUGACCGUCGGCACUAAAACCUCGCAGCUGUUCUGCCUGACCGUCUUCGGCCUGUGCCAGUGGCCGGACGUCGACACGUCGUACUCUCCGUCCAUGUCGGCCAAACCCGCCAAGUCGCGUCCUCUGUCCAGCGGGAAGACACCGAUCAAGGUGGUCCACAUUAGCGACAUCCACGUGGAUCUGAGCUAUGAGGCGGGCGCCAGCUUCAACUGCACCAAGAACAUCUGCUGCCGGCCGUACACUACAGCCGAUGCGCCUGGAAACAACGCCUAUCCUGCGGGCGCAUAUGGCAACCCCUCCUGUGAUACUCCUGUCACCCUCGAAGAGAGCAUGUACUCGGCUAUCGAAACUCUCGUUCCGGAUCGAUCGUUCAUGAUCUUCACUGGUGAUGUCGUUGAGGGCGCCGUUUGGCUUGUCACUGAUGAGGAAGUCACCAAUGAUCUUAACGACGCCUACAGCCGCAUGAAAUCCGUAGGAAAGACCUACGCCGUCACGGGCAACCACGACGCAUCGCCUGUGAACUCGUUCCCGUCGGCAAACAUCGACACGACUAUCACCACGCAAUGGGCCUACGACGCCUUGUCGUCGGACUGGGAGACCUGGAUCGGGCCCGAUGCCGCCGCGCAGGUGUCGUCAAACUUCGGCAGCUACUCGGUCGUGGACAGCAACGGCCUGCGCAUCAUCAGUGUAAACACCAACUUCUGGUACAAGCAGAACUUCUGGAUGUACGAGAAGGACCUCGAGCACGACCCCUCAGGCAUGUUUGCAUGGCUGGUGUCCGAGCUCGAGGCUGCUGAGACAGCCGGGCAGCGGGUAUGGAUACUUGGUCACAUGCCAAUGGGUGCCUCUGAUGCCUUCCAUGACGCGUCCUACUACUUCGAUCUAAUUAUUCAGAGAUUCGAUGCAACCAUCGCCGCCGUCUUCUACGGGCACACGCACAAGGAUGAGUUCGAAAUCGCCUACAGCGACUACUCGAACCAGGCCGCGUCGACUGCCACGAUGAUGUCUUACAUUGCUCCAGCUCUGACCCCCACCUCUGGGAACCCUACUUUCCGAGUGUAUGACGUCGACCCGGUCACCUUCGGCAUCCUCGACUUCACCGUAUACUACGCGGACCUCGACUCGGCGACAUUCCAGGAAGGACCGACGUGGCAGGAGCUGUACUCGGUCAAGGCGACGUACGGCGCGCUGCUUGGGGUUACGGACCCGGCGGCGGAGCUGACGCCGGCCGUCUGGCACAACCUGACGGAGCUGUUCGAGAGCGACGACACCGUGUUCCAGCAGUACUACGCGCGCAAGACUCGGGACUUCAGCACGGCGACGUGCACGGGGACCUGCAAGACGGACGAGAUCUGCCAGUUGCGCGCGGCACAGUCCCAGUUCAACUGCGGAACCAUCAAGCCCGGCGUCAACUUCAAGCGCGACACCACCGACGCGACGCCGACCACGGCCGGCGAGUGCGACGGCUCCCAGGCCGUGCCCAUCCUGUCCGCGAUACCGGGCUCGACUGGCCUCCAGGCGCUGCAGAACGUGCUGGUGGCGGCGCUGGGAUCGGGCUUCAUGAACACAACCAUCCCCUCAAACUACACCGUCAACGGGACGACCUAUGGGAAAUGA